UCUCUCCUCUGCUAUAUAUCAUUAAUAUACAGAAAUAUAUAUAUAAAGGGUUAAGAGCCAAAGUUGACAAUUUUCAGAAGAAGAGAGAAAACUGGGAAUGGCUUCCAAGACGAUGGAUCUAUACUUGAGCUUUCUUGGCUCUCUGCUUCUCUGUGGGAUGCUAUUUGGGGUUGCUCAUGCCGAUGUCCGUUACUAUACCUUUGUUUUAGAGGAGUCAAAUUUCACAAAGUUGUGUAGCACAAAGAGCAUGUUAACGGUAAAUGGAAGCUUUCCAGGACCAACCCUUCGCGUCCACAAAGGAGACACUGUCUAUGUCAAUGUCAUAAAUAAUGGAAACUAUGGCGUUACUAUUCACUGGCAUGGAGUGAAGCAGCCGAGGAAUCCAUGGUUCGAUGGGCCUGAAUACAUCACACAAUGCGGAAUUUCAGCAGGUAGUAACUUCACCUAUCAAAUUCUGUUUUCAUCGGAAGAAGGAACCCUUUGGUGGCAUGCUCACAGCGACUGGACUCGAUCCACCGUUCAUGGCGCCAUUGUUAUCUGGCCUGCUCUUGGAAAGUCUUAUCCUUUUCCCCAUCCCGAUGAAGAGCAUGCUAUUGUACUUGCAUCAUGGUAUAAACAAGAUGUUAUGGCGCUAAUGAACUAUGCUCUCGAACAUGGUGGAGAGGCAAAAUUGUCAGAUGCAUAUUGCAUUAAUGGUCAGCCAGGAGAUUUUUAUCCAUGCUCUAAUGAAUCAACAACCAAAAUAAAGUUUGAUCAUGGCAAGACUUAUCUUCUUCGCAUAGUGAACGCCGUCAUGAACACAGAUUUUUUCAUUGGGAUUGCUGACCACAACCUCACUGUUGUCGGUUGGGAUGCUGCUUACAUCAAACCAAUCUAUAACAACUAUCUAAUCAUAACCCCAGGGCAAACACUGGAUGUCCUUGUCACAGCAAACCAAGCCCCUGGAAGAUAUUACUUCAUUGCCAGUCCUUACUUCGAUGGGCAAACCGAUGACUUCGACAAAACUAUCACUUCUGCAAUUUUUGAGUACAAUGGGGAUUAUGACAGAUCAAUUAUUCCUUCUUAUCCGUAUGAUGUGCCGUAUUUCUAUGAUAUUGGUGCCGCCUCAUAUUUUUGGAGAAAAACCAGGAGCUUAGCAUCUGAAGAGCACCCCAUAGAUUUACCUAUGAAUAUCAGUACUAGAAUGUAUGUUGUAAUCAGUAUGAACUUGUUGCACUGCCCGAAUUCCUCAUGUGAUGGCCCUGAAGGUGACAGGCUUGCAGCAGGCUUUAACAACAUAACUUUUGCAAAUCCAGAAGUGGAUAUACUGCAAGCCUAUUACUGGAAUUUGAGUGGGUACUACGAUACUAAUUUCCCGAUCACGCCUGCAUACUGGUACAAUUUCACAUCAGAGGAUUUGACAUCAGACAAUGUGACACUAUCACUGCAAGCGACCAAGGUGAGGAUGCUGGAUUACAAUGAAACAGUGGAGAUGGUGUUCCAAGGGACUAAUGUGUUGGACGCAGGAGAGAACCACCCGAUCCAUCUUCAUGGGUUUAGAUUUUACGUUGUUGCGACGGGUCAGGGCAACUUUGACAAUGUCACUGACCCACUGACUUUUAACUUGAAAGAUCCACCUGAAGCAAACACUGUUGCAGUUCCUAAGGAUGGUUGGGCAGUCAUCAGAUUCAGAGCUAACAAUCCAGGAGUAUGGUUUAUGCAUUGUCAUUUCGACCGGCAUAUGAGUUGGGGUAUGGAUGCUGUUUUCAUAGUAAGAGAUGGCGGGACACCAGAGACAAGCAUUCGCGAACCGCCUUCAGAAUUGCCAACUUGUAGCUGUGGGACGUCGCUGUUUGACUACAUGAAGUCCAAGUUGCGUCAAGAAAGUAAAUAAAUCUAAAUUCAUACACAUGAAUUUGAAUGAACAAUAUUAUCCAGAAGAAUGGCAUUGAAUCAUUGUUGGCUCCCCCUUUACUUUUUAGGAUAUAAUUUUUAGUUGGUAGGAGAAUAUGAGAUUAAAAAAAAAACAAGACACUUUUCAUAUAUUGUAUGAUAUUUCAAUGAGAGCAUAUAUUAUAUGCACUUCUCAUAUAUUUUAUUUUUAACUGAAUUUAACACUUGUACCCUUUAUCCAUAUUGUUUUAGCUUUGAUUC